GGGCACAAGGGGCCUGGCUGUCUGGGGGAAUGCAGGGGAUCAUUGGUGAGUUAAUGAUCAACUCUCCACCCAGCCAGCCGCCACACUGCACUGCCCAUUCCCCCAGAAGGCCAGGUAAGAAGAAAGGCAGGAAGGUAUGCGUCCGCACUCAGGAAGUCCCUGCCAGGGGGCUUGGAGCUGAGGCUGGGCUGGCUGUGUGCACAGGCAGCAGAGGCAGGGCAGAAUGAAGCGAUCUUUGACCAGACAGCUGGUCAUGCAGAUCCUAUAGCGAGGAGUGAACCGACAAGUCAUGGAGGGACCAGUGGUCCCGGUUGACACAACAGUAAAGUGCUUCAGGCCAAACAUUGAGUCGCAGACUAGCCAAGAGGAGGAAGACAAGGAGGGAUGGCAACCGCGUUUGGCUCCCCUGAUGGGAAGGAAGCCAACGGCAUCCUUGGAAAGGAGAGAUCAGGAUUGGAGGAAGAAUAUUCUUGACGGUCUGCAAGGACCAAACAGUCCCAUCAAGGUUCAUAAGUUUCCAGGAGAAAAAGAGAAUGAAGAAACCUUUGGUCGAGGAAAAUUGGAUACUCGACUCUCUGACAGCUGCAGGACCACUGUGGGGACAUCCCUUGGCCAGAUGGGAGCCUUUCCAACAGAUAUUUCCUUGAAGCUCAUCAUGGUGCAGCCAAAGAGUGGCCUUCCUGUCCCCUGUCUACAAGAGGAGUUGAGGCGAAGACUCCGUCUCUUGGAAAAUGACAGCCGGGAAGUUUCAGCUGUGUUCAGUGAGCUGUCAGCCAGGCUGCUAUCUAUUCACAGCGACCAGGAUCUUAUUGUAGUGACAUUUAAAACUUUUGAAGAAAUAUGGAAGUUUUCUACCUAUUACUGUCUGGGUUUUAUAAACCACUGCAUGGAAAACUUAUUGAUGGACCAAGACUUCUGGCUUCUCUCCAACUAUGACAACAAGAGGGAUAUUGAAGACUUUGAUGCUGGGAUUGAUGUCUUUAUUGAUGAAGAAGCUUUAAACUUAAUGCACAAAAGUCUCUUAAUCCAGGAAGGGUCAUUCUUUGUAUUGUGUCCUGACAACCAUAUAAGAGAAAUCAUGGCUCCAAGAGGUGAAAGGAAGACUGGCCGACCCUGCCGGAUUGCAUCGCCAAGCCAUCUGGGGACACUGACACAGACGACACAGCCACGGUCUGAUAGCCUUUCUAUGUCAGCCAAUGGGUCCUCUGAAGAACUCUUGAUUCCAUUUCAUCAGUGGUCUCUUAAAGUGCAGUCUGACCCCAUAGAUGUCUUUGUUGAUGAAUCCAUAAUCUACAAUCAAAUUGGUAUGGGAACAUGCUUUGCCAUAAUGGAUCACUGUAGCCAAGGACCAGAGGAGAUGAGUUUCCAGGACAGGGAUCAGAUUGAAAUCCUUGGCGUCCUUGUUCCCUGCCUGGGGUGGUUUCUGGGGAGGCACUCAGUGACUGGCCAGGUUGGCUUUGUGAAGACCAGUCACAUUCAAGUAGAUAACCAAGAUUCUGGGCUAACAAAUGUGAUCUUUCUGGAUGAGGAAGAAAGAUCAUUUUUCUUUAAUAAAAAGAAUUUUUCUGAAGAUGAUGUAAUCCAGUUAUUGAAGAAAACAGCCACCUCUGCUGUCUGCACAGCAUAUAGUAUGGACAUAUUUGAAGAAGUAGAAUUUCAGAAAUCUCAAGAACAAGAAAUGCCUCAGCUUCCAUUGGGCUCUGAUCCCAUUUCAGUGGCUGACAAAGUGAGAGCUGUGUUAGAAAGGUACAAGACCCCCCAACUCUGCCCUGAAGAGAUUGACAGCCAUGAAGGAGAGGAUUACCAGCCAUCAACUUCAGAGAGCCUCCCCAUGUCUCAAGAACCCCAUUUUUGCCUCAAGAUGGAAGAAAAUGACAACAGUCCAGAGAAAUUUCUCCUUUUGCUAAUGUUUCUAAAUGAGGAUAAAUACAUACCAUGUUAUAAGAGCCUGUAUGAUGUCUCUCUUCCAUGUCUUAGCACCAUGUUUGAUGGCUAUUCCGAGGAGGAAGAACUCACCUGUUACUUUGGGCAGGCGAGGAUAGCGGCCAAGAAAGCCAACCUUCCCAUGGCCCUGACGAGACUGUGCUUCCUCCUCGGGAGGCUCUGUGUCAGAAAACUCAAGCUCUCCCAGGCUCGGGUUUAUUUUGAAGAAGCCUUGGGAGCCUUGAGAGGCAGCUUCAGUGACCUUUUCCUUGUGGUUGCUAUCUACACCAAUCUCACUGCCAUUUAUUUGAAACAGAAAAAUAGAGAGAAAUGCACACAUGUGUUUGGCAAGGUAGCAGCUCUGCUUCUUGGAAUUCCCAGCUAUAUCUGUAGUACUGAGAUGGAAGCAGACCUCCUCAAAUUUGCUUUGAAGAUGGUCAUCCUGAACCAGCAAAACCAGCAGGCUGAAGCCAGGAUCUGUUUCCUACUGGCCAAGCACCAUAUUAAUCUCAAGCAGCCUGAAGAAGCCUUGCCCUUCCUGGAGAGGCUUCUGCUUUUGGAUGAUGAACUGGGUUUAUGGGACAGUUCGUGGUCCACAGAUUGUUACCUCCAUCUUGGGGAAACCUAUAGCAGGAAAUGUCUGCCCCACCUUACCGUGAGCUGUAUCAAAGUCGCCUCUUUCCAGAGCUCACAGACCUUCAUGAGCUCCUUGGAGAGCAUUGACUUGGUCAUCCAGAAUACCCCGAAGCUUUACGGCCUGAGGAAGGUGGACCAUGUGCUGCCAUCCCAAAUCGCACUCUACCUCAAGCAAGCACUGUCCUCUGCCAUGGCUUCCCAAGAGCAAAAGCUCUGUGGUUCCCUCUACUGUAGUCUUUCAGAACUAUAUAGCCAUCAUAGGAGAUAUGAAGAGGCCAUUGACUAUGUAUGGAAAGCUUUAGAAGUGGACAGCUCAGCCAGCAUUGGCCAGGUCAUUAACAACUUAAUUUCUCUUGCUUGGUUGCACAUUCUUCACCAGCAAAAUCCAGAAGCACUGGAGAUCUUAGAUUCCAUUGAAGACUCCUCUGGAAGUAGCCCUCAACAAUUAGGGAUUGUUUAUAACAUGGCUGCCAUUGCCCUGAAAAGGAUGAACUGCAUAAAGAAGGCAGCUGAGGGAUAUUACAAGGCGCUCCAUGUAUCCAAAGAUCUUGGGCUGGUCCAGAACCAGGCGGUUGUCCUGGCAAACUUCGGGGUUCUGUGUCUUCACUUAAAUGCCAGUGGUCUGGCUGAACACUAUUUCAUUGAAGCAGUAAAACUCUUCUCUCAACUUCCAAGUGCUGUGUGUGGCCGAGAAUUCGUCCAAGUUCUCCUCUGGCUGGGACAGCACUACACGAACAGAGCCCAACAGGAGGAAGGGAAAUGCUAUUACGAGUGGGCAUUCCUGGUGGCCAUGGAAAUGAGUCAUUUUGAAAGCCAACUCCAAGCAAUCCAGCUACUGUGUCAUUUCUACAGCACCAUCAUGCCAAACGAGGCCCAGUGUGUCAUCUACAAUGAAUAUCAGCUCUCCUUGGCCAGGAGGAUGUCAGAUAAAGUGCUAGAAGGGCAGCUCCUGGAAACCAUCAGCCAGCUGUAUCUUUCUUUAGGUACAGAAAGAGCUUACAAGUCAGCCCUUGAAUAUACUAAGAGAAGUCUUGGAAUAUUUAUAGACCUUCAGAAGAAAGAAAAAGAGGCAUAUGCUUGGCUCCAGGCAGGAAAAAUCUAUUAUAUUCUGAGACAGACUGAAUUAGUAGAUAUGUACAUUCAGGUGGCUCAAGAUGCUGCACUCUACACUGGAGACCCCAUUCUGGGGUUGGAAAUGUUUGAAGCUGCUGGAGACAUAUUCUUCAAUGGUUCUUGGGAGAGAGAAAAAGCAGUGUCUUUCUACAGGGACCGGGCUCUUCCUCUUGCUGUUAGGACUGGCAACAAGGAGACUGAACUCCGCCUAUGCAACAAGUUAGUGGAAUUGCUCUUCUGUCUCAAGUCCCACCAGGAGUGUCUAGAAUUUGCACAUACCUCUCUUGCCCUCAGUAUAAACUUAGGAAGUCGGUUGAAUGAGCGAGUGGCCUAUCAUCGGCUGGCUAUGGUCCAUCAUCGCCUGGGGCAGUGUGAGUUGACUGAACAUUUUUACCUCAAGGCACUGUCUCUGUGCCCAUCACCCCUGGAAUUUGAUGAAGAGACGCUGUAUUACAUGAAAGUGUAUCUGAUCCUGGGAGACCUUAUAUUCUACGACUUAAAGGAUCCAUUGGAUGCUGCUGGCUAUUACCAUCUUGCACUUGCAGCUGCUAUGGAUUUAGGUAACAAGAGGGCUCAGCUAAAGAUUUAUACCCGGUUGGCUACAAUCUACCACAACUUCCUUAUGGACCGAGAGAAAUCCCUUUUUUUCUACCAGAAAGCAAGGACCUUUGCCACAGAGCUGAAUGUUCGGAGAAUCAACCUGGCCCCAGACCGAUAUUACAGGGGCGCAGCCUGGAUUGUGUCCAAAAACAAUGUAUGAAUUCGGCUCCCAAUGGUAUAUACUAUUAAAAACAAAGCAAAAGAAACCUAACAAAUCCAAAUGCUUAACAGACAUAUAUUUGUUAAUAUGUGAGAUAUCUGGUGUCACAAAUUGAUGUCUCUCUGGGAACCAUAACUUAAAGGAUUAUUUUUUUUUUUGCAUUAAAGUGUAUUCUGUGUGUAUUUAAAUACCUCAGUGUCCUACCACUUUUUCAAAUAAACUCAGUAAAAGAAUGGAAAAGCA